UGUGCUACAGAUGUGCCAUGUGCCUAUGUAUGUGCUCUUUUCUCUGCGUUUCGCUCGGGCAGUCGGGAAGAAUUUAAUUAGUACUGUGAUAUGACACACUUUGCGCAGUCAUUGUGCGUUGUAGCUAUCAGAAAAACGCGUACAUUGUCUUGUCUGCGGCGCGCGUUGCUUCAAACUGACUUCCAUCCCGCCAGCAACGUUGGCAAAAUGGCCAAAAGCAAAUUCGAAUACGUGCGACAGUUCGAGGCCGACGACAGAUGCUUGCCGAACUGCUGGAUCGUCGUGCGCAUCGACGGCAAGGCCUUCCACAAGUUUUCCGACGUGCACGGCUUCGAAAAGCCCAACGAGAAGCGUGCACUGGACUUGAUGACGCGCUGUGCGGAGCGCGUCAUGGAGGAGUUCAGCGAGAUCUGCGUGGCUUACGGACAGAGCGACGAGUACAGCUUCGUGUUCCGAAAGAACGCCGAGCUCUACAACCGUAGGGCGAGCAAAGUCAUGACGAACGUGUGCAGCUUGUUCACGUCUUCGUACCUGUUCUACUGGCCCUCGUUUUUCACGAGCCCCAUACAGUACCCGCCUUCGUUCGACGGCAGAGUAGUUCUGUACCCGAGCGACGCAAAUCUCAGGGAUUACUUGAGUUGGCGGCAGGCCGAUUGCCACAUCAACAACCUUUACAACACUGCCUUCUGGGCACUGGUGCAGCAAGGAGGCCUUACUACUAAGCAGGCUGAAGAGAGAUUACGAGGCACCCUGUCGUCAGACAAGAAUGAGAUACUCUUCCAGGAGUUUCAGACCAACUACAACAACCUCCCGGCAUUAUAUCGCAAGGGCACCGUCGUCAUUCGCGAGCCCAUAAACGAUGAGUCGUCAGGAGACGGUUCGAAAGUGUCGAAAAAUCGCAAGCAUGCGAAAGCAUACAGAAUAACGGCACUAAACGUCGACAUAAUUCAAAAGGACUUUUGGAGCAAGUAUCCCCACUUACUGGCGGAAUAAGCUGAGCUUUUAAUACUUUU